AUGAAUGGAUGGGUGGAUUUUCAUGAAAGAGCUAUUACGGGGGUGCGAUUGGGUGGUGUUGGUCCAUUGAUAGCUACAUCACCAACACCACACAGUGAUCCGAAUUUAGUUGGUAUCCAGCCUGUGGAUAUUCAUCAAUUUCCGCAAAAUCCGAAUAUCUGGUCCGGUAUGGAAGGCAUGAAUGCUCAAGGAGGUAUGCCACAACCUCAGCAUACAUCGCUGCAGUCUACAUUGCAACAGCCUUCACCGUAUGCUCAAAUUAUGCCACCGCCGCCACCUCACUAUGCAGAUUUGGGAAAUGAUUUAAGUAAUAGUGGUUAUGGUAGUAUGAUGACCGGAACCGGAUCAAACAACCAUCUUUUCUCGGUUAUUAAUAUGGGCACAGAUCUUGAAUUUUCGCCUCAAGUGAAUGCUUCUGAUUUAUCAUCGCCAUCAUGCAGCGAGUAG